AGAGAUCCCGCGGUAAAAGAACGCGCCUUAUGUUUAUUUCAUUUUUAUAAUAAAAUAUUCUUUAAGUGCAUGAGCGUUUCCGUCAAUGAUCCUACAUACAUUUUACCAUUAUAUAUUAUAACAAAAUGGACAGACAUUAACUUGCUAAGUGUGUAUACAUUCCAUUGGGACAUCCUGUAUAUGUUGCACAAAAAAUAUAUACACAACAAGUGGCACCCGACACGAAUGAGAUUCCUAAACCUAGAUGACAGUAUGUAUUCAAUACGCGAUCAAAAGAUACGACAAACCGGAAAGUAUUAUAACGUAUAUUAUAAGUAAUUGAAUAUAUAAAAAGACGUUAUAAAACAUUAAUAAAACGUUAAUAAAACGUUAAUAAAACGUUAAAAAAACGUUUCCAAGUACUAUAAUUGAAAAACGCAAGAAACAUGUUUUUCAUAUUGAAGUUGGUGAUAAUAAUUUUAUUAAAUAAAUCGUACGCGUAUAUCACACAAAAUAUCGAAACAAUAUUGCUGCCAACAUUGAAUUUGAAAAACACUGAGAAAAUACCGUUAACUCUUAAAGUCUUUGGAAAACAGAUUCAGUUAAACCUGCAUAAAAAUAACCAAAUAGUACCUACAUUUAAAUUAUGGGAACAUGACGCAACAGACAUCACAAAAGAAUUGUCGGAAUUAAAUGCAUCGGAUCCUUGCUAUUAUUUUCACAAAGAUAAUAUCAGCAUUUCGGCCCUAAACUUUCGUCAAGAAUCUGGAUGGGAAGGAUUCGUUCUCUUGAAGAAUGUCACGUUGGAAAUUAGACCAUUGCGGGAUGACUUGGCGUCUUCGUCUUUAACCGACGAUUUUUGCGUUAAAGAAGAAAUUAACAUUUCAUUUGGCAAAUCUCACCUAAUUAAAAGAUCUUUGCAAUUAUCUGCAGACACAAGUUUUCAUAAUUUGGACAAUUUUAAACUGAAGCAACGUCGUGUAAAAAAUACGAAAAAAAAAUUAACUAUAGAAUUGGCUGUUUUUCUCGACGAAGCUGCAUAUCGUACGUUCAUGUCUUUUCUGGACGGAAAUAAAGAAAUGUUGCGCAUGAUGAUAUUAGCGUAUGUAAAUAAUAUAGAAGCUGUGUUCCAUCAUCCUAGUUUGGGAGUUUCUGUCGAUAUUUCGUUGGUAUAUUUGAAAAUUAUGAAUAAACAACCGUCAAAUUUGCCAGUUUACGGCGGCGAUAAGAAACGAUUGCAUUCGUUCUGUAAUUACACGGAAACUCUUAAUCCUACGGACGACAAUGAUCCAGAUCACUGGGACGUUGGUCUUUAUCUAACCGGAAGAAAUCUUUAUUACACCGAGCAAGGCGUAGUCGAAAAUAGUACCCUAGGUAUAUCUAACAAAAAUAGUGCGUGCACAUUAUUUCAGUCGUGUGUGGUAACAGAAUUCGGUAUUGCGGAUACUGUAUCCUCGGGUUUUUCAUCGUCUCUCACUACUGCUCAUGAGAUCGGUCAUGUUUUAGGAAUGGAACACGAUUCCGAUUAUACAAAACCAUGUAAAACAUACAAAUAUAUAAUGUCAUCCUACCAAUUCCAUCAAGGACAAAUAGCAUGGUCCGAGUGUAGUCGUGAUAUAGCUAGCAGACUAUGGCACACAAAACCAUGUCUUCGAGAUCGUACGAAAAAUCUCGAAGACGUAUUUGACCAUUCGCGGUAUCAAAAUUUACCCGGAAGAGAAUGGACUGCCAAAGCACAAUGCGAAGUAUAUUUCCGAGACAAGGAUGCGAACGUAGUCUCGUUGCUUGAUAUAUGCAAAACCUUGGAAUGUGAAACGCCUCAUAAGAAAGGCUUUUACUUAACGGGACCGGCGUUGGACGGCACUUAUUGCGCACCCGGGAAGGAAUGUUGGGGCGGAGAAUGCGUGCCCGUUCUGAAACCGCCUCUCGAUUAUUGUGAAGAAGAUAAUUGGAGUGAAUGGAAAGAGAGCCCCUGUCAAAGUAGUUGUUUAGAGAAAUCUAAAGGCGUAAAAGUCAAACGACGUUCUUGCAAACAUGGACUUCACAGAACGGCGAGUUGCGAAGGACCAUAUUACGACGUGGCUCUGUGCGAUGACUCGAUGCUCUGUACUAAAAAUCGCACGAAAAUCUACAACUUCACUCUCCUGAAAUGCAUUGAAUUUGGCAAUAAUGAAGAUUUAAAAUUAUUUGGUGUCGAAUUAGAACACGUGGCGCCACGGCAAGUUAAGCCCUUUCAUAGUUACGAGGAACCGUGGAAGGCCUGUACCAUACACUGCGUACUUAAACAUUCAAAUUAUUACUACGCACCACGCUUGGAAUUGCUCAGCUUGGAUAUCGAUCCAUACGUUCCAGAUGGAACGUGGUGUCACAAUAAAGAUGGCCAGGAUUAUUACUGCCGCCAACAUUAUUGUCGGCCGGAAAACUACACUCAAAAAUAAUUGUCGAAAGAUUAUCGAUGUGAGUGAACGAGGAUGCAGAAAAGAGAAAAUUAUAAAACGCGCGUACAUCAGUCUAAAAUAGUUGGUCGAUUCGUUUGGUACCAAAUGUUCGAUCAAACAAUCUGUUGUUAUUAACAUAUGUUUAACGUAUCAUCCAAAUCUUACUUAAUAAAAACAAAUGGAUCAAGAAUUACGUUCAAUUAUCAGCAUCUACGACUAAUUCCGUCGAUUAUACAAACAUGAAAAAAUAACAAAAUAAUAAGUAAUAUUUAAUAUGUUUACAAAACGCAAAAAUAAGUAGCUAAAUAUAGUAGAGAUAUUUUUAUUUCGUAUGAGAUAUUAUGUCGAAAAAAUGGACGAGAACAAUGACGUCACUUACUAUGUUAUGUAUUUCAAUAGACUACCAAUGUUUCAUUAAUACUUAUAUAUAAACGAUUAAUAAACAA